AAUCUGUAAUCUGUCAAACGUAUUCACUUUUUAUGUCAUUUUAGUGUUUUUUUCCUUCAAAUUUUCAUGAAAAUUUGCCAUCUUUAUGUUCGCAUAAUGUUAAAACUAAGGCUAUUAUAUAAGCUUCCAACUAUUGUUCUAUUCAUAUGCUCCGCUUGUGUCAUUUUAUUAUUAAUCAGUGUCUUAGAAUUACGAUGGAUUCAGGACGAACACCUGAAAUAUCAUCAUGAUGAUACAACUGUGGCUCCCAAAACAGAAAAAGUUACCAAAGCCUCUAAUAGUCUCUAUUUACAUGUACCUAAAUAUGUAGUGUUUGAUCGACUAGACAGUACGGACAUGAGACACCUCAAACAUGUGUUUGAAAUGUUGGAUUAUUUCAACUGCCAGCGGACAUCCUUAAACGCCUCGGACUGGGAUGUGCUGUGGAGUUUCUAUUAUCCUUUCAGAAUCCUCUCAACUUAUGUAAAGGAUAUGAAGCCUUACCAACUAGUCAAUCAUUUUCCCGGCACGGGUUACAUCACAAACAAAGUAGAUCUCGCUUUGUCAGGUAUUGCACACAUCCCACCAGCAUUUAAACUACCGAACCAAAAAACUGCUCUCUUGGACUAUGUAAAAAAGCAUCCUCACAAGCUGUUCGUACAGAAAAGUAAUUCUCAUCGUGGAAUCCGAAUUCAGAAAGUUGAGGAUUUGAAUUUGAAUACACCUGAAACUUUUGUGCAAGAGUUCAUCCACAAUCCACUCCUGGUUGAUGGAUUCAAGUUUGAUGUAGGCAUUUAUACCAUUAUCACCUCUAUUGAUCCUCUGCGGCUAUACAUAUAUAAUGGCGACUUCUUACUGAGAUUUUGUCCAGAAAAAUAUCAUCCGUUUGAUCCUCAAAAUCUAAACAAAUACGUUAUUGGUGACGAUUAUCUACCUACAUGGAAAGUGCCAUCUCUUAUGAAAUAUUAUAAUGAACUUGGAUUCGGAAUGAGAGAGUCUCUGAAUGCUCAUCUCAGGUCCCAAGGGAAGAACCCACAGAAAAUCUGGGAUCAGAUGGAAGAAGCUAUCAGACUUGUUGUUUUGAAAAAGGAGCCUCAAAUAUUAAAAGCUGUAUCAAAGUACCCUUCAAAAAAUAACUUCUUUGAAAUGUUCCGGUUUGAUUUUGUUGUUGAUGAUGAAUUGAACGUGUUUCUACUGGAGGCUAAUAUGUCUCCAAACUUAUCAUCAGACCACUAUCCUCCAAAUCAGCUGCUUUACCGUCAAGUGCUUUUUGGCUUAUUUUCCAUCGUCGGUUUAGCUCAUUUCAAGAGGAGAAGCUUAACACCGGAUGCUGAGGUAGCAUUAAAGAAUAUUAUGGUCGAUUCCAAAUCUUGCAGUAGCCAUAUGUGUGAAACAUGUAUGUCACCAGAAUGUCAACUGUGCAUGAACUGUUUGACAGCCAGCAACAUAAGAACGCUAAAACAAACCUAUCGAGAGUUUAACAAUAAGCAAGACAAUAAAAGAAUAUUUCCUCCAACAAUGACUCCAGAGGAAGCUGCUGCUCCAAUUGAUUUGGAGGAUUACAGUUCAGAGAACCAAUUCAUGUAUCAGUGGUUUCGAAAAAAAUGUCUGAUGGACGUACAUUGGUGCUAAUAAGAUUCCAACUGUCCUUUGCAAUAGAUCAAAUUUUUUAGUAGUUAUUAGUUAUCAGAAUCUCUUUUUUAUAAUAUUAGACUGAUUUAAAAUUUGUGCUAUCUUAAGAUAGUUAGGAUACUGCCACCUGUAAGUUUUCCUCUUUAAACGUAAUCAUUGUACCGAAUGAAAUGGGAAUGUUUCAUCAAAAUUAUUCCACUUUAUUUAGACUCUUGUUUCUUGAUGUGCCAAUAUUUUACGAACAUCACUAUUAUUAUCUAUAACUUUUCAAACUGAGUACCUGAUGUUUAAUUUUAAAUUCUUGAUGCAGUGAAAAAUCAUAAUUAAAAAUAAAUUCUCUUGUUCUGUU